AGCGCUCGUUUGGCAAAAGGGCGAACUAAAACGAUUCCAAGCCUGAUUCCAGUUACGUUAUGUUUUUCACAAGUUGGAAAAGUUUUGGCUUCCUGUGGAGUUCAACCCGGCAAAAUUUCCAUAAAGCCGCUAUCCAAAAUACUCGAAGCUUCUGCAUAAUGGCUCAACUCCUGGAUAAGAUCCCUGACGUGGACAUAGAUGCGAAUGGUGUCUUUAAGUACGUCCUGAUAAUGGUGCAUGACGAUGAGAACAAGCAGAGCAAGCCAAUCGUCAGAGGCUACAGCAGGGCAAGCUGGCAUGACAAGCGACGCUAUUUUGAAUACACGACGUUGCUGUAGACGUCGAUUUAAAUUGAAGAGAAAAGCGUCCCGUUCAAAACUGACAGACGACCCAUGGAGCUUUUGAGGCUGCUCGUCUAGUCUCAAGAUGAAAGCAAAAAAGGAGCAAAGAGCCCAAGGUCGCUCCAUGUCAUUGACCAUCAAUGAAAAUUUUAGAACACGUUACAAUCUGACGUAAGAGCGAGACGGGAGAUAAAAGAGAGAAAAUAAAAUUAUAUCUCAGACCAAU